AUGGAGCGUCCAAGGAGGUUCUCCUUCUCGCUAAGACAACAGCACGACAUCCCUCGCAAAGCCAGGUCUCAGGUGACCACCAUUGGCAACCCGAUAGACGCACUCCCUCUACACACCGAAACCCAGCCGACGACGAUGGAGCGUCGCGAAGUAAUAUGCGUCUCCCCAACGUGGAAAAAGGACUCCAAGCCUCGAGCGCGCUCGCAGUCAGUACCACCGAGGAUGGGAGAAGGGCGUCAGACAUCACGACGUCUGGUGAAGAAACAGCCCCCGGUCAAGCAGCAGCACUCUCGCAGAGAAUCCAGUACUUCUUCAGAUAAUAAUAAUGAUAAUAACAAUAACAAUACCCGUUUCGGACUGAUCUCGAGUAUAUCGACGCGGAUUCGCAGUCGACGGCCGAGUAUAUCCCGCAGUACAACAACACCAGAUGGGAAUCUGCCUGCCUUGCACGGCCCGCGUCAAAGUGACCAGCUUAAUGAUAUACCAGCACCGCGUGUGUCUGCUACUUUACCGCCAGGGUUUGGGGCUACAAUCACCAGGGACUUGAAACAAGGACCUGUCCCUGUGCUGACACCUUCUCCUCAUCCACGGGGUCAGGAAAGACAAGAAGGGCAAAUGAAUGGAUAUACCGUUAACCAUCCGGGUGUGGAUGAUAACAGGCAUACUCUUCGAAGAGCCGGUGCUCCUAUCCAUCACCCCUUGUCAGAUGAAGCUAGUCAUUUUCAGUCAAGCAAUGCUGCCAAUAGGCCCCAGCCAGACUCGUCCAACGCCCGCCCGAUCAAAAGCCAUUCAGACAGAAAGGACAUCACAAUCCCAGACUCACUACGGAUAGGUCGGACGAAGAAACUUGAGCCUGGACCCAAAAGCCCCAAGAGAGCACGGCCAAAGACGAACAACAAUCUACCCAACUACGGCCUCCCAAAGACGGAUCCGCAAAAACAAGAACAGGCCCAGACAUGCAAGGACUCCCAGCAGAAAAAUAGUCGUGCAGGUCAAAAUACUGUGAGUCAAAGUCCCGGGGGCCAAAAUAGUGCAAGUCAAAAUACAGGGAAUCAAAUUACAGCAAGCAUCUCAACAUCCACCAGCCCUCAAGAUCCAAUCGCCAAGCCGUCAGAGGCCCCUUGGCCGCUGCCAUUCAAGACUGGUCCAGAAAAGGAAGAAACAACCAGCAACCCAGAAGAAAACAAAAAGCCAACACCCAAGCCGAAUACCACCAAACGACUCUCGCCUCAGCAACCCUUAAUCAUCCCCAGAGACUCUGUUGCUACCAAUGAUUCGUCAACCCUUGUCGCAGAUUCUCCGGCCGUGUCGAACCCUCCUGCAGCAGAUACUUUGCCCAAGACGACAGAUACCCCCUCGGCUACGCCGAACAGUGCAGCAACAAUUUCUCCGCGAGCACCGCUAGUAGCAGCAACACAACCCAAAGACAAGAUUCUGAGAAACACCAUGUCUCCCAGACAAGACAAGUAUCUAGCCAAGAUAUUCGUCGUUUGCUGCCAAUGCAAUUUCUGGCACGACAUACCGUCUGCACUGUAUGCCAAAAUGAUCAUUCCGGAGCAUCUCUCAUUCUCCGAGAAGCAGCCUGGAUCAACAGCAGCAGAAAAGCGAUUGUCUGGUCAAGCGCGUGACAGUGGGAUAGUACGAAACGCGGCGGCAAAUAAUCAAUCGGCCCACUCCCAGCGUAAUUCGACCGAGGUCCCUGACAAUACUGUGCAGUGUUGUUGGUGCUCACACGCAAUGGCCAAGGCAUGUUGCACUGGUUGGACGACUAUGGUUCACUUGUUGGAAAAACAUCAUUGA